UUAAGCAAAGAUACUUACAUAUCAAAAUUGAUAGUAUUUUUUAUUCCUUUAUUUGAAUCUAUUUAUUUGUUACAAAUUACAAUUAUAAAAUUUUAAAGUUGAGGGAGUGAGGUAUUUGACACCGAGUUUAUGUACAGUUAUCGACCUUUAGAUGUCAUCGUUGCCUAUAAGACGUUAACUUACACGUCUUCGAAAACUUUGUUGAACCAGGCGAUAAGGCAGGAAUUAAAUUUCUGAGGAUGUUUCUUAAAAGACAUAAUAAAGGAGAUGGUAGAUUGUAGAAGUUUAAGAACCCGGCUGAGUCUUUAGGACUUGGGGCAGGUGGGUCGUCAAAAAUUUCUCUUCAAACAAGCUCUUGAGUUGACAAAUACACGUAUACGCAAAGCACUUGGUAUUCAAUUGAAUUAAGUGAUAUGACGAGAUAUUGAAAAAAAUAUACAAGUAACAGUUGUUUUCAUCAUCGUUUGGUGAUGAUAAUUGUGACACUAUGAAAUCAGUUGAUGAUUCGGAGUAAAAAUAAAUAUCACUGACAUGGGGGAAUGGACUCAAAAUAUUGGAAAUAUAUCUCAACGUAAAAGCGUUGGGAAUAAAUAUUCUUUAAAGAUCAUAAAAAAAAUAAAACCAACUGUUACGUAAAGUGAUUAAAAAUCGAAGAAAAAUAGUAAGUAAGGAUCAUGGCAUCAGCAUUCAGUCCAGCUGAAGUCCUUAUGAAUAAAGGAAAACGUGGAGCUGCUGCAUACAUUCGUGAUCAAUAUUGUAAUCCAAUCUCAAGUGAUGCUAGACAACAGCAAAUAAAUGAGUUAUUAGAUACUUUACUAAGUCCAGGGAAAGCUAUUGAUGAUUGGGAAACUAUUGAUUGGUGUAAAUGGCUUAUGGCCGGAGGGAGGACUCCAGAUGAAUUUUCAAAUACUGUAAGAUUAUAUGAUAAUGCAACUACCUGUGGAUUGGUUUGGACUCCAAACUUUGUAGCAUACAGAUGUCGUACUUGCGGCAUAUCACCUUGUAUGGCAUUGUGUCAAGAGUGUUUUAAAAAAGGAAACCACUAUCGCCAUGAUUUUAAUAUGUUUCUUAGUCAAGCUGGAGGUGCAUGUGAUUGCGGUGAUACAUCUGUAAUGAAAGAAAUAGGAUUUUGUGAUCGUCAUGGGCCAAAAGCAGCGGUUGAUAAAUCUCCAGCACCAUUAGAUCUCAUGUGUGUCGCAGAGGCAAUGAUGCCUCGUAUGAUUUUACGGCUUAUACAUCAUCUUCGAGACAAUUGCAAAGUUAGUGCUCCAGAUUUCAGAGUUGCAAUUCAGGAUGCUGAUGCUUAUUUGACAAUGCUCCUUGACCUUAAUCAUAUGGGUGCUUUGAUGCGUCAUGUAAUGACUUCAGCGUUAACAAGCCCUCAAAAAUACCGAGGACUCAUGGAUCCUGCUAAUUCUUCAGGAAUGACAGAGUAUGAUCGAUAUUGUCAAGAAAGUCAUGGUAUAUAUCAAGAUGCAAUUAAAUCUCUACCAAAUCCAGAACCGCCUGAUGAAUAUAAAGAUUGUCCUUCUCUUCAAGAAGACUUAGUGCAUACAACUUUUCUUGAAGAGUUGAUGUUCUGGACGGUUGCUUAUGAGUUUCCACAAAAGCUUGUUUGUCUUUUACUCAAUAUGUUGCCAGAUCCUGACUAUAAAGAAGCCCUCACAAGAGCGUUUGUUCUUCAUUACAGUAGAAUUGCAAUGAUGUUGGAACGCUCAAAUGAUCCAGAUACACUUAGUAAUCGAGUUGUCCAUGUAAGUGUUCAAUUGUUUAGCAAUGAACGUUUAGCAUUACGUAUGGUAAAUCAACUCAAAUUACUACAUGUUAUGGUUAUAAGUCUGAAGUAUAUGAUGAGUAAAAUUCUUGUCGAAAAUACAUUACACACGCCAAACAAAAAUUUUCAUUUUGUUGUCGAUUGUGGUCGUCCAGUGAUGAAAGAGCAUUGCUAUUGGCCUCUUGUAUCAGAUCUCAAUAAUGUAUUAUCUCACAAACCUGUAGCUGUUCAGUUUUUAAGUGAUGACACACUAUUAGAAAUGUGGUUUGAUUUUUUAUCUAUGUUCCAAGGUAUGAAUGUUAAUCAACGUGAAAUGGGUGCUCACGUGGAAUUUGAACCAACUACAUAUUAUGCUGCUUUUAGCGCUGAACUUGAAGCCAGUGCUUAUCCAAUGUGGGCUUUAGUUUCACAUCUUCGUGGCCCUGAGAGUAUAUCUGUAAGUCGACGUGCUUUAUCAUUUUGUCUUACAGCACUUCAAGAUUGGUUGGACGCUAUUGGUUUUACGAGUCCUGAUGUUUGUGAUGCAUUACAUGUAUCGUUUCAUAUUCCUUUGCAUCGUUACUUUGCAGUUUUCAUGUGUGAAGUUGUACGACAACAAGGAGUAACCCUUCAAGAACUUUUACCACCAACAGAUAUGCUUCAUCUACUGAUGAUGCAUCCAUUACGAGUUCAAGUAGCUUUAUAUGAAAUUCUCAACGGUCUUUGGGUUCGUAAUGGGCUACAGAUUAAAGGCCAAGCAAUGACAUAUAUUCAAUGUAACUUUUGUAACUCAAUGGUUGAUGCUGAUCUUUACCUAUUACAAAUUUGUGCAAUGAAGCUUCAGCCUGAUAUUUUCUUAAAUACAGUUAUUGAUAAAUUUCAUAUCAAAGAAUGGCUUAGUUUGUUUACUGUUAGGUCACGGCAAAAUAUUCUUCUGAUUGGUGAACAUGAUACGGCCAUGAUGGAAAGCUGUCUUAUAUUUUUGGCCACAUUGAUAAGUGUAAGAACAAAUCUUGGAUUGACAGAUUCAGAAGUUUCUCAUUUAGAAAUGGUAACUUUGUUGUGCAUGGGUGAUAAAACACAUAGCCAACUGAUGGAUCUUAUGCCAGAACGAUGUGGCACAACUCCUAAUCGCGAUUUCGAACCAGUCCUUGCAGAAGUUGCACAAUACAAAGCCCCAAAUCUUGAAGCCAGUGGUACAAUGCAACAAGGCAUGUAUGGUCCUAAACCUAAAGUCUGGGAGGAACUUUAUGAUCCUCUCUAUGUUUUAUUACGUGCAGUUCAUCGUCGAGACUACCAAGUGUCAAUGGAUCGUUAUACAGAAUAUGUGAAAUCUACAAAACUUAAAAGUAGUUCAACUCUUUGGCCGCCCUUUCGAAACCCAGCACCAGUAUCUCCUGAUUACGAUGAUCCAAGAAUCGUACUUAAAUCACGAGUCUUUCAUGCUAUGGUUUUUGUGAUUCUGUAUAAAGCUGUUAAUGAUCAUAAUAUUUCAGAGCAUAUAGUGGCAUUGUUAAUAUACCUUCUCGAAAUGGCUGUAAUCACCUCGGAUAUUCCGAAAAAAAGUGCUAAUCCUCUAUGCCCUUACACUGGUAGUAUUUCUUGUGCUGCGAAUGAUGCGGAUUUCAGUAAUUGGUAUGAAACAGAUAGUUUAAUAGAAAAUCUAAAAACCGUAAUACCGAGAGCAAAGCUUGUCCAUUCAUCUUCUGAAUACAACCUUGAAAUCAACUCAGACUGGGAAAUAACAAGCGAUAUUACUGAAAAUUCAUUGAUGUUGAAUGAUGAUUUUGAUGUAGAAAUUGGUGAACCUUCUGAGGUUUGGGACCUGGAGUUAUUAGGUGAACCUGACAAUGACCAUAGAAAUACAACUGCGCCUAUGGAUACUGGAUCAUUACCUGCACUACCUACUAAUGAAACAUUGAAUGAAUGGGACCUGACUAUUGUACCUGCAGAUGAAGUACCUAAUGACAACAUUGAAGAUGAUGAACUACCAGCUCAUCAAAGAGCAUUGCCGCCAACUGUUGAAGAAUCUAUGGCUCUUGUUCCAGAUACACAUUCUCCUAGAGUUUUGUCAAUGACCGAACCGUUAAGAUUUUCUCGUAUGCCGCAACGUGGAACGUCUAACCCAACAGCAAGCAAUGAAGUAGAUCUUUUGCAAGUUUUGUUUCCGCGACUUGGUGCUGCUGGUGUUAGCACGACUGAGAUUGUACCUUCAACAUCCCAUUGUCACCAACGGAUUGUGAACAGAGAAUCUCAGAGUGGACAAGUAUAUCAAGCAGGAUUGAAGACUGGAGAGAAUAUAAUUUCUUUGCUAUUAAAACUUCAUUCCCAAUUAUCCGGUGUUCCUGAUAGUUGGAAUCCAGAGGACAUUGCGAACUCUAGUUUUGAAGGAGAUAAUAGUGCAAGCAACAAUUUUUCAACGUCACAACAAGAAUCGAAAAUUGGUGAUGGUCCAUUCUUUAUUGGUCAGUUACUUAAAAGAAUCUCAAGGCUUGAUCCAACUUUGAAACAAAACAUAAUAGAAACAAAAAAUAAACUAUGGCCUCGAAAUAAAGAUUGUGAAGAUGCACAGCGUGCGCGAGAACAUCAAGAGCGUGAAGAAAAACGAAAAAAAGCAAAAGAAAGACAGCAAAAGCUUAUGGCGGAUUUUGCCAAUCAACAGAAGCAGUUUAUGAAAAAAGCAAUGGAAACUGAUGAAGCAGGAGCAUCUGGUAUGGACUGGGACCAAAGUGAAACAUCAAGUCAACUAACUAGUAAAAGGGAAUAUGAUUGUGUUAUUUGUAAUAGAACAACUUCAAGUACCGAUGAUAAACCAAUGGGUCUUGUUGUUUUAGUUCAAGCAACUAGUGUGAUCGGUCACGAGAGACAGCAAUCUGAAAGACUUCAAUUACCAACUUCAGAUGAUGAUACUCUUAUUUCUAAGAAUGGCACUAGAGGCACUAAUUUUGAUUAUCGAGUUGAUGAAAUGCAUAAACAUUUCGAUACUUUAUCGUGGUUAUUAUCGGUUAAUUUAGGUUGGGAAGGUGGAGUUCAUGUGCAAACUUGUGGUCAUCACCUUCACUUAGAUUGCUUAAAAGCUUAUAGACAAUCACUAAGAAGUCAACAAAGACAACAGAGUCUGGCAGUAGAUCGUGGUGAAUAUCUUUGCCCUCUUUGUCGUCAACUUGCCAACUCGGUGCUCCCACUUUCUCCUCAACUAGGAGAAUGUUCAGCUAUUGUCCGAUCACGUCAUUCUUCUACUUCAGCUAUUCUUUCUGAAUUGAAUAAUUUUCUAAAAGAAAUUCAACGCAAUCCAAUAUCUUCGAAUUUAUCUGUGGCAAUGGGAAAGGCCAUGGAAGAAAUGACAGCCUCGACAUACUUAAAGUAUAAACAAAAACACUGUCAACCUAGUCACCAAAGUCUGUUUCUUUUUGUCACAUCAGUUGCUAGAACCAAUUUAGAAGUAGAGCUUGUUCAACGUGGUGGAUCGUUGUGUUCGUCAUUACAGGAGACAGUUUCAUUAACGCCAAAACGAGAUUGUAUUGUUGCACUGUUUCACGUUUUAGCAAUGCAUGCAAGAGUUUUGACAAACUGGCCAGUGCAUAAAACUUGGCAAUAUAUAUCAGGAUUACCAUCAGAUUUAGCAACGCCACUUGCAAUAGCUCCACAUGAACGAGAAGUACCAUUUCUUCUCAGAGAUCCUACUGCACUUCUUAUUCAAUUUAUUCUUCUUUUACCAUUGCAUAUCGAUCAAACAUAUUUUUCAAGUGUGGUAAAAGUACUUUAUAAUCUUCUUUAUUAUCAAGUUAUCGUUCAAGUAAGCUUUACUUUGACUAGAAGUGAAAGAGACACAAUAAGAAAACUACCUGAACGAAAUUCUUCGCUGACUCCACUGACUUCUAAAUCAAUUCUUGAUCUAGUCAUGCGACACUUAGAGCAUACCGACUUUUAUGACGAUGAACCAUCUUUUCGAUCAAGUAAAUCAGUUGAACAAAGAAUUCAAACUCUCUGUUUGCCAUUUUUACGAAUUGCAGCACUUUUACGUCAUCAUUUGUACUCUCAAUCUCUUCCUGAUAUACGAACAACUCAAACAGAAUUUGUUAGACUAGUUUAUUAUCUUGAAUUAGUAACAGAAGGUAUGGAUUGGGAUUGUUUUAACGCAGCUGUUGCUCUCAAUUGGCAAAAUGAAGACGCUAGUGUUGAAGUUCCUCGAAUGUGGUGCAAUCAGCUUCUUGCUUUUUAUAGAAGAAGUCAAGUUGCCGCUAAAAAACUUGCAGUUGAUCAGCAUAUAUAUUGGCAGCCACCAAAGUUACUGAAGCUUCCCAGGGAAUACGAAAAACUUUUUACGUAUUAUCACGCAAAACAGUGCUGCAGGUGUCAUUUAGUACCUCCAGAAAUCAGUAUAUGUCUCCUGUGUGGAACGAUUGUUUGUCUGAAACAACUAUGUUGUAAACAACAAAAUAUUGGAGAAGCUGUUCAGCACUCAAUUGAUUGUGGUGGAGGUACUGGUAUUUUCUUGGUAGUAACAUCAACAUACAUAAUAGUGAUACGAGGACGUAGAGCUUGUUUAUGGGGCUCUCUCUACCUAGACGAUUUUGAAGAAGAAGAUAAAGAUUUAAAACGUGGUAGACCUCUAUAUCUUAGUCAAGAACGAUAUCAACUUCUCGAACAACAAUGGCUUGCACACCGUUUUGAUCAUACAAAAAAAACAUGGGUAUGGCACCGUGAUUCUCUGUGACAAUUAUUAACGAACGCAAUUAGAUUUCAGAAUCUUACAGACGAAAGUAAUCAUUUUUUGUAACAAUUUACCUGAGAUUUCCUACUUAUGACACCUUUAAAAUGGAUUAAAAACUACCAAUAAAUUAUUAAAUUUUUCAGAAA